UGAUUUUAAUCUUUCCUCUACUGAAGUAACAUAAUUUUUCAAUUUAUUAUUUUUUUAGUGUGUCAUUUCAUUUUUAUUUGGUUGCCAAAUCUGCCCCAAAAUUCCUCCUCCAUAAUCAUGUUAGGCGAAAGACCAAUUUGUGAAGGGUCGUCAUCUGGGUUGGCCAUCACCGCCGAUCAGCAACAGGCGGCGCAGCCGCAGACGCAGACGCAGACGCAGGUGGGGGCGGGCGUUCCGUUGAGCCGUUACGAGUCGCAAAAGCGGCGAGAUUGGAACACUUUUGGGCAAUAUCUAAAAAACCAAACACCGCCAGUAUCGUUAUCCAACUGUAACUGUAACCAUGUACUCGAAUUUCUUCGAUACCUUGAUCAGUUCGGGAAAACAAGGGUUCAUUCACAUGGGUGUGUGUUUUUCGGGCAACCUGAGCCCCCUGCCCCCUGCCCUUGCCCUUUGAAACAGGCUUGGGGUAGCCUUGACGCGCUCAUCGGUCGCCUACGCGCAGCCUACGAGGAGCACGGUGGCUCGCCGGAGGGAAACCCUUUUGGAAAUGGAGCUAUUAGAACGUAUUUAAGAGAGGUGAAGGAGAGUCAAGCAAAGGCCAGAGGAAUUCCGUACAAGAAGAAGAAGAAGAAGAGAAAUAAUCAGAUGAUGAUGAAUAAGCAGCAACUCCCCAACAACAAUAGUAAUAAUAAUGAUACCAACGCUCCUUUGACCACUCACAUCCCUUGAUUUUUCAUUCCAUUUUCCAUGGAAUUGAAGAAAGGAAGAUGUGGAAUUAAUGGAAGGGACGAGGUGGAGAAUAUUGGCGCAAUUAAAAAAGUGUGGGAUAUUGCUUUCUGAAAUAUACGGUGUUGGCAGUUGUGCAGAGGAUUUAAUUUAUAUGGGUAGGUAGCUAGAAUUCUGGUUAUGAAUAAUCUAUAUAUAUUGAGGCAGCAUAAUUAUUAGGGGUAUUAGAAGGCCCUUAUUAAAUUCUAUAUAUAAUUAUAUAUAUUGUAGCAUUGUCUCUCAAUCUUAGGUACCUUCUUUUCAUUAGGCCAAAACAACAAUUUCUAUUGUCUUUUACUGUUUUAAAUUUUCCAACCAGAAGAAGGAAAGAGCAUCAAGAUUUUAUCUUUUCAUUGCGCAUAUAUAUGAUUAUAGAUAAAGACAAAUGAGACGAUCUA